AUGAACUCGCUUAGCCUUAAUCUUACUUUGCAUUGCGGAAGAGAUCUUCCAAAGGCCGAUUUGUUAUCUUCGAUUGAUGCCUAUGCUGUUGUUAUUGUUCCGAUUAUUGGAGGACAAACCAAAACAUUUAAAACAAAAUGUGUGCAAGAUGACCCAAAUCCUGAUUGGGAAUUUGAUUUGUUCUGUACAGAUGUGGAUGGAACCAGAGAUUGUCUUGUUGAAAUUUGGGAUGAAGAUACUUUGAGAAAUGAAAAGGUUUGCACUGCCAUACUUUCUCUUGUUGAGUUGAAAUCAUCAGGCACAUGGCUUGGAAAGCAUAUAGUCUUGAAAUGCUUAUCUGGAUUCAAACCAUUCAAGGGAGCUAAAGAGUGCUGUAUUAUCGUAUCAGCAAGUGCUCACAUUUCUUUUGCUGACCUCACUCGCAAAAUCACAUCUCCAAACAACUGGAAAGAGAUUCAAGAUUUCGGUUUUGGACACUUCAGAAUUUAG